CAAUCUUAGCUGGCAACACUGAAAAAUUACAAACAAUAUGAGGAGAAGUUGAAAAUACAUAAUAACGUAUUAGUUUUCUGUAAUAAGAAUCAUCAUGAAUCUUUGAAAAAUAUUUUUUGCUUCAUUAACACUUUUCAGUUUCCAAUUCGAAACAUCAGUGUUAGAAAAUAAUGGCUCAAACUGAUGCAACAUAUUCUACAGCAACUGCUGGGAGCCAUGCACAAACUGAAGCUCAUCAGAUGUUGGAAACAUUUUGGCAGAGAGCAAUGGAUGAAAUUCGCAAUAUGGGACCUAAUGAUUUCAAAAAUCAAGAGCUCCCUCUUGCAAGAAUUAAGAAAAUUAUGAAAUUAGAUGAUGAAGUAAAGGUAAUUUUAUUAUUUGACAAUUUAAGUAUGCUAACUGCUUUUCAUUACUGUAGUGAUUUAACUAUGGAAGUAGUGUGUUGUCUAAAUGGGUUGUCUAAAGCAACAAAUUGUGCCAGGACACGGAAGUUGGAAAUUGCCUAUCAACUUUUCAAAGACAUUUACAACAAAAAAUCAAUCUCCAUUAAUGCAAAAAUUAGACAUUAUAACGCAGUGAUAAAACCGCAAGCACUUUAUGCAGCAGAAGGUAUUGCUACUCUUAAAAUGGGAGAAAUAGAAAAUAUGGAGAAAAAAGAGAGGAAGAUCCUUCGAAAAAUUCUGGGGCCAAAAAUAGAUGAACAUGGUAACUACGUGCUAAGGAGCAAUAAAGAGCUUUAUCAAAAAAUCCCAAGACUCUCGGAUACAAUUCGGAGAAGGCGAGUAAGCUUCUUUGGGCAUAUAAAGAGAAUGGGGGAAAAUAGGCUAACGAAACAAAUUUUUAUGUAUUUCAACAACCUAAAGAAUAAGAAUCAAUGGAUCAAUGAUACUCAAAAAGACAUGGCAGAAAUGGACAUAUUGGAAGAAGAUAUCCAGAACAGGGAAAGGUUUAGAAACAAAAUAAAGAACUUCAAGGGUUUUCAGGAAAAGGAAAAUAACAGACGUGGAAAACUCUUCACUCAGGAGCAAAGACAACAGCAAAGCGAGAGAUUGAAGAGGUAUUGGAAAGAAAGGAAGAAGAACAAAGGGAAGGGAAGAGGGAAAAAAAUGAUAGAAGAUGAAAGAAAUGAUAUUGCAAUGGCCAUCACUAAAUAUGAUCAAUUUGAUUUUUUAAUUGACAUUGUACCAAGAGAUGAGUUAAAACCUACUAAACGCCAAGAUGAAAAUAUUCGUACAACAACAAUGCAUCCGGAUCAAGUACAGUAUUAUUUUCAGUUAGCCCAACAGCAUCAAGCAGCUCUUCAACAACAAACAACUAAUGUAACCAGUGGAAGUAAUCAACAAGCACAGAAUCAGUUACAAACAACUCCUCAGAUACAAAUUGUGCAAAGUGGAACUGGCAUCCAAGCAGUAGCUACAACUCCUAUGACAGUUCAAACAGCUUCGCCUACAUUUUCUGGCCCAUCAAUUGUACAAGUACAAACGGUAAAUGGAAAUUACAUUUUAAGACAUUAUAAUGCAGUGAUAAAACCACAAGCACUUUAUGCAGCAGAAGGUAUUGCUACUCUUAAAAUGGGAGAAAUAGAAAAUAUGGAGAAAAAAGAGAGGAAGAUCCUUCGGAAAAUUCUGGGGCCAAAAAUAGAUGAACAUGGUAACUACGUGCUAAGGAGCAAUAAAGAGCUUUAUCAAAAAAUCCCAAGACUCUCGGAUACAAUUCGGAGAAGGCGAGUAAGCUUCUUUGGGCAUAUAAAGAGAAUGGGGGAAAAUAGGCUAACGAAACAAAUUUUUAUGUAUUUCAACAACCUAAAGAAUAAGAAUCAAUGGAUCAAUGACACUCAAAAAGACAUGGCAGAAAUGGGCAUAUUGGAAGAAGAUAUCCAGAACAGGGAAAGGUUUAGAAACAAAAUAAAGAACUUCAAGGGUUUUCAGGAAAAGGAAAAUAACAGACGUGGAAGACUCUUCACUCAGGAGCAAAGACAACAGCAGAGCGAGAGAAUGAAGAGAUUCUUGUUAAUGUCACAGAUACAAAUUGUGCAAAGUGGAACUGGCAUCCAAGCAGUAGCUACAACUCCUAUGACAGUUCAAACAGCUUCGCCUACAUUUUCUGGCCCAUCAAUUGUACAAGUACAAACGGUUGCUAGUGAUACUUCUCAACAACAAACAUCAGGACAAGGUCAAGCAACUCCUUCACAGGUUCAAGUUCAAGUUCAGCCUACAGUACAGGCUGCAACUGCUUCUCAAGUAUUGCAACUUCAACAACCUGUACAAGCUGGACAAGUUCAACAAGCUGGUGGUAUACAAAUUGUACAACAAGUUAUUAAUAGUAAUGGAGAAAUUCAACAAAUACCAAUCCAACUAACACCAAAUCAGUUACAAUUAAUUCGAAUGCAAAUGCAAGGUCAGAACCAAGGACAGCCCAUAAUUCUUCAAGCUGCUCCAUUAUCUCAAGCAGCUGCAUCUGCAGUUCAGCAAACUGCUACACAGACCGUAUAUCAGAUUCAACAGGUCCCUCAAGCACCUGGUCAAGUUACUGCUACAACUGCCACACCCGUUUUCCUAACUCCAGCUGCUGGGAACACCACAGCUGCUGUGCAAAUACAAGCUGCAACUAUAGCACAGCAGGAACAUCAGGCAACAACAACUGUAGAUGAUGACCAGCAACAGUCAUAGGGUUGAUGCUUUGCUCCAUCGGCUUUCAAGGACCAAUAUAUCAUAUAAUAAAUUUUAGUUUAUAGAUUCUGAUUAGAAUAUCAAUUCAUUCUGAGUAGUGACAUCUUUCAUAUUUUGCAUUCCAUAUUCACAGAUUUUCAUAUCAUGGAUUGUUUGAUGUGUGUGUCAGUUGAAGUAAAACUUAUAUGCAGAUUACAAUGGUAAUGAGUUAAACUAAAUUGUCCCUAUGAGGGAACUAUGUCAAUGUGAUAAUGACAUUUUAAAUAACACUCAGAAAAAUUUAAAACACUUCUUGUUUUUAAAUAAAUGUUAUUUGAAUCUCCAUUUUUGAUUUCAAUUUACUCAAACCAUGCUUCUUAUAUUCAAAUUACUCAUAUGAUUAAUAAUUGUUAACACCAAUUUUCAAAACAUCAUCAUUGGAAUGACUUCUCUCUAAAAGAGAAGUUUAUCCAUUUUGAAAGCAAUGAGAGAGUAUAACAUGUAAAAUGAAAAAAAAAAAAAAUGGUACAAACUAUUCUGGAUCAAAUUCUUAUUAUAGAAAGUUUUAAAUAUUCUACAGUUUUGUCUCAUUCCUAA